UACCAAACAUAAUAUAUGGAUAGCUGGUUUGUACUAUCCCAGAAGCAAAAAAUGAUCGUUAAUAUCAAACAAGGAGCUCUACAAGGUCAAUAUUCUAAGACUCUCCUGUCGAACAAACCGUUUGUCAGUUUUCAAGGGAUACCCUAUGCUAAGCCGCCCGUCAAUGAACUACGAUUUAAGCCACCAGUCGAACACCCUGGAUGGACCGGAGUUUACAAAGCUUUUUCAGAUAAAAGGUUUUGCGUACAACAAGAUGUAAUGAUAACGAAAAAAAUUGUCGGAAUGGAAGAUUGUUUAUACUUGAACGUAUUUGUGCCACAAGAAUUAAAUAAAAAGAAACCUGUAAUGAUGUUUGUGCAUGGAGGCGCGUUUAACUUUAGUUCAGGAUCGUCUGACUUCCAUUCUCCGGACUAUUUAAUCGAAGAAAACGUAAUCUUGGUCACGCUUAACUAUCGUCUUAAUGUUCUAGGAUUUCUAAACCUGGAUAUCGAUGAUUGUCCCGGAAACAUGGGUUUAAAGGAUCAAUUGUUUGCGUUUAAGUGGGUAAAAGAAAACAUAUCGGAGUUUGGAGGUGACGCCAAUAACAUAACAAUUUUUGGAGAGAGUGCUGGAUCAGCAUCUGUUCAUUAUCAUAUACUUUCUCCAUUAUCGAAAGGUGUGUUCCAAAGAGCUAUUAUGCAAAGUGGAUGUGCUUUUAAUCCUUGGGCAUUUAAUUCGAAACACAAAAACGCUGCGCUCAAAUUAGCGUCGGAUUUGGGUUGUCCUUCAGAUGACCCUCACAAAAUAGUCCAGUAUUUAAGAAAAGUUCCAGUGAACGACUUGGUUAAGGCUUCUAUGAUCAAAUAUACAUUUCAAGGCCAAAGAGAAGCUUUAGUUUACCAAUUUGUUCCGUCCAUUGAAAGCGAUCAAGUUAGUGAGAGAUUGUUACCAGCCCAUCCAGAAGAACUGUUGAAAACAGCCACUUUGAUUCCAUUAAUAUCCGGAGUCAACAAUUUAGAAGGAAUGAUAAUGUUUGGAGAGCAUGCAAUUGAAAAAUUAAUGAAUUUUAAUAAAGUCAAAUAUAUUAGUAAAUUGCUGGAUAGUGAAUUCAAAAGCGAUAAAGUCAUAAACAAGAUUCAAUCGUUUUACUAUAAAGGUUACGAUUCCAAAUCUGAAAUUGAGAAAUUAGAAAGUAUUUGCACGCUAUUCAGUGAUGUAUUUUUUAUCAAAGAUUUCCACAAAGCAUUCAACCACUUACUCGAAAAAGGCAAAACACCAGUUUACAACUAUGAAUUUAAAUUUGACGGAGAAAUUAAUGUGUUUAAAAAACUUCUUUCUGCUACAAGACCGGAAUUCCUAAAGUUGAAAGGAGCGUGUCACGCCGAUGAAAUGAGUUAUUUAUUUUUUGGUAAAUUGUUUGCAUUCAAGCCUGAACCAAAUUCCAAAGAAUUGAGUAUGUGCAGGACAAUGUGUAAACUAUGGACUAAUUUUGCAAAAACAGGAAACCCGAAUUCAUCAGAUCUUAAAGUCAAAUGGGACCCUACAAGUUUGGAUAAUCCUAAAUAUCUAUCCAUCGACGGCGACGAUACUCAUACGGUCGAAGGCCAAGUGAACGGAACCAGAGUAAAAUUUUGGAAAGACUUGGCCGAAUUAGUAAAAUUAAAUCAAAAGCUGUGAUAUUUUGUUGGUAAUGUAUAUUAAUAUAAGAUUAUAUAUGUGAAUGGUUUUUUUUACAGUACUACUUAUAGUAAACUAUAAUUAUAUAUUUAUUUGGAUAACUACUAUUCUUACAAUAAUCUUAAAAUUUAUAUUGUGGGAAAUAUCUGGUAAAUUUUGUUGUAACUCAUUUAGUUGAACUAAUACAGGGUUUUUUGGAUAUUAUUAUAUGUUAU